CCUCCCUCUGCAGGCGGUGCAGCCUGGGCUGUGUGUGCGAGGCGCGGCCGGAGGAGGGAGAGAGGGCGGCAGACACACAGCCCCGGCACCGCCUCCCCCUCCCCGGAUCCCGGACACGGCGGCGGCUGGAGUCAGAGGAGUGCCAGCACCGAGCACAGGAGGCCCCCGACCGCGCACACCAUCCCAGCGGCUGCCCCUCCGCCAUCACCGCCGCAGCAGCCAUGUGCUCCAUGCCGGGCCCCUCCUGCCCUCCACUGCACGGCAACCAACUCUCUGUCCACCCCGGGCUCCGCUCCCUGUCCGCCGCUGCCCCCGCAGGCGGUGCCAAGCUCACCCACCCUGGCAAAGCUAUCCUGGCAGGUAAGUGGCCAUACACUACACCGGGUCCAUUCCUCCAUCCCUGCACUGAGUGACAUGUACCAGGAACUACCUAAAUUCCAGCACUCAGCUGGCAGGGGUAAUAACAUGGGCAGGGGACACAGCUGGCAUGGGUAAUAACAUGGGCAGGGGACACAGCUGGCAUGGGUAAUAACAUGGGCAGAGGGGACACCUGGCAUAGGGAAUAACAUGGGCAGGGGCACAGGAAGGAUGGGUGAUAACAUGGACAGGGGCACAGCUGGCAUGGGGAAUAACAUGGGCAGGGGCACAACUGGCAUGGUAUAUAUAUAUUAUAGACACACACUGUAUGUUAGCAGAAUGUUUUCCUAUUCCCUCCAGUGUAAUGUCACUGUUUAACUUGAUCCAUUGACAACACUUCUUGACAUAUAUAGACACUUAUUUUUGUUUGUGUGUCUCUGCUCUGCCUGACUGCCUAGGGGGUUUAUUAGACUCCAAUGAUUAGAGAGAGUGUCAGCUGAGAGCUGAUUGGAUGGUGUGGGGUGUGUGUUUGUGGCACUUUUACUCAGCACUCAUGGUGAGAGGAAGUUGGCCCCUGUUGGAGGACACUUACUGUAUAUAACAUCACGUGGCUUCACACUAUUUGACUGUACUGUUCAUUCUAUUUAUUAUUUGUUGUAUAAACUUGCAGUAUGGGCUGUUCUGUAUUCUUCUGGGUUUUAUGUUUUAAUUUGGGCAAUGCUACAUUGUGCCUGUUUGAACAGUUUUUUUGUAUGGGAAGUAUGUUAUUUUUGGUGGAAGGAGGUAGGGGGCAUAUAUGUAAUCAUGGCCUUAAAUUUAUUUUAGAAACUAAUUCUGCUCUAGGGCUCUUGUUCUGCUACUGGAGUAAAGCAACCUUUUACCUCUUGCUCAUAUAAACCUACAAGUGUUCAGCUUGUUGUUUCACCUCUCACCCACUCCUGGUUCAUUUUGCUGAACUGACUCUCUGCUCACCUUUGUACCCUAUACUCUGGCAUCAGCAAAACAGAAAAUACUAUCAAGGUUAAAAGGCAUGUGGCAAUUCAUGGAGUAGUAGGGCAUAUCUGAUACCAUUACAUUAAUGUGUUUUCAGUGCACUGCACACACCAGGAUAAUAGAGCUUUUGUUAUAUUAUUCAGUCUAAUCCAUAGAAAAAUGAAAUAUUCGUAUUUAACCCCUUAAGGACCAAACUUCUGGAAUAAAAGGGAAUCAUGACAUGUCACACGUCAUGUGUCCUUAAGGGGUUAUGUUAAAAUUUUUACUCUACAAGUUUACUAGGCAAAUCUGAUAUUUGAACAUUUUGUGUAAAAUUCUGUCUUGCAUACACAAUGCUUAUAAUAACUAUAUGCAAUCUAUUUUUCAUUAUAACCGUUUGUUUAAAAAUACAUUAAAAUUAACAAUUUUAUGAAGUUUUUAAUACAAAACACAAAAAAAUAUUAAGAGCUUAAGAUACUUAGGCAUUAACAUGUUAUUCAGAAAUGCCUAAAUCUGUUGACUUAAUAUUCUAAAUGAACAAAUAUAUGUGAAGUGUUAAAACUUAGCAUGUAAAUAUCUUUGGAAAAUACUAAAGACAAUGGACCACUCAUCUGUGGCCUGGGUGCAGUGGUCUUAUUUUAACCAUUUAAGGUAAAACAUUACCAUCUGUAACGGACGGUGACAUAACCACUGGCGGUCUGGGGGCAGGUAAGGAUGAGAUUACUUACCCAAACCUGUGCUUUGCGGGUGCCAACCAUCUUGGUUGCGUUGCGCUGCUCCUCUUGACAGCCGACAUCAUGUGCGAGAGUACAGCAGUGAGAUCUACGGUGGAUCCCGCAAGACUACAGGAUCCUUCAUGGACACAGCCAAUUCCCUGCAGCCAUCACUGAUGACAGCUACAGGACUUGACUCAUAAGCCCUUCCUUGUCUCUGGAAGUGUCAGGGUGGGGAGAAAUACAGAGACAAAAUACUCCCUACUUUGUCUCUGUAUAUAUCUUGACUUGGUUGGAAUUUUCAAGAAAAGUCCAACACAGUCAUAAUGAGUAUUUCCAAAAAGAUUCUAUCAUUAUCACAUACUUAUUUUUAAUAUGGGGUGACAGUGUUGGUGUAAGCUCUAUCUAAUCUAUAAAUAAGGACAGGUACACUAAAAUGUUGAGAAUACAGGUUUGUAUUCCUAACAUUUUAGUGUUCCUUUAAAACACCUACUUCCUCAGUGCACUUUACUUAUAGUAGCAAUAAUGCAGUUAUUUAAUGACGCAAUUAGACCAAGGCUCGACAAAUCUCAGGCGUCGGGUCGCCGUGACAGCCGCGGGAGCAUUAAAGCCGGCCGGCCGCCCACGGUACCAUGGGAGUCGGUCGACCUCCUACGGGAGCAUGGGAACAGGACGCCUGCGGGAGCAUUGUAGGUGGCGAGUGAGGGAGCAGUAAUCUUCCUGCAGUUCCUCUCUGCUCCUUCGUGCACUGUUUAGUGAUGCCGGGAGCCGAAAUAUGACAUCACAGCAGAGACUGCGCAGGGGAGCAGAGAGGAACUACAGGAAGAUUAGAUAGCAGCCCCACUGGACCCCAGGUGAAGCAUCCAGUCCAGCUCACCCAAAGGAGGAUGGGUGGACUCAAACUAAAAAAAAUGUCAAUUGUGCAUGUGUGAGAAAAUGUGUGUGUGUCUCCAUCAUUGAGUCUGUCUGUUUAGGUACCUGUCCCCCUCCGAUUACAUUAGAGAGGUGGUUUUUACUCACAUUUUUUUCCCACACCGUGCUAGUUUCACCGCGUCUGGUCCAGUCUCCAUGGCUGAGAUCAUCAUUCUUUAUGAUCUCCGCUAAGUCAAUCCUUUUCCAUAGGAUUGUGCCAAUCAGCAUCUCCUCAUAGAGAUGCAUUGAAUCAAUGCAUCUCUAUGGGGAACAUUUAGCGCCUCCAUUCAGAGCGUGGAGACGCUGAACUUGGGGGUUCACUCUGUGCAGUACUGACCCAGGACUCUCUAGUGGCCGUCUGAGUGACGGUCACUAGAGGUGUCACUACGCAGCAAUUUAAACACUGCCUUUUUUUAUGAAAAGGCAGUGUUUACUUUGCAAAGCCUGCAGGGAUAGGCUGUAGACACAAGAACAACUACAUUAAGCUGUAGUGGUUCUGGUGACCAUAGUGUCUCUUUAAGAAUUGCCUUAUCUAGUUGGAAAAUUGAACUUCGUUAGUUUAAAAAAAAAAAAAAAACCUGGCUAGUAAAUUUUUUAGCUGGCUGCUAGAUUUCAGAUUUGUCAAACCCUAAAUAAGUUAAUAUCAAAUCAGACUAGGUUAAUAGUAGAAUUGCAAUAAUUAAGGGUCAAUGAUUGGUUUAAAAAGAAUACAAUUUUCUUUUGAUUACAGUAACAGUCCAUGCACCAUAAACAGUAUAGUCUGCUGUAGUUUUGGUACCAGAAGUUCCUUGGCGCUAGUGUUAUUUAACCCCUUAAGGACCAAACUUCUUGAAUAAAAGGGAAUCAUUACAUGUCACACGUGUCCUUAAGGGGUUAAUAUAUAUAUAUAUAUAAUAUAUAUUUAAAAAAUUUUAGAGAGGUUUAGCAACUUACACCGAACAUACCAAGUGCUCUUGGUCACAUACCCUGCUUCUGGGAUUCUCGUGUCGGAGAAUUCAUUUACCUCUAUUGAGCUAAGGAAAGCAAUGCAGGGAUGCACUUAGUAGCUGAGAGUUUCAUCUGAGCAGCAUGGUCCUGUAUCAGCUGUGCAUAGCUUGUUAGAGCAAUCUGGCUUCUUCUGCAGGAAAAUAAUGGAUGCAGCAUUGCUGCCUUGUGGACCUAGGUAAGUUUGAAAAAUGCUUUGCCAAUUAACACAGGGCCUGCACCAAGGCUCUCCUGUCACUAUAAACAAUACCGUAAUUUGGGGGGCGUGGCCGACUGCCGGACAAGAUGGACUCAUAAUCCUCAGCUCCGGCAAACGGGCUGAAAAUCCGUUGCAAUCCUACCACACAGAACGCAUCACAAACUUCAACACAGAAGAUGUCGCAACACAAAAGCAAGAAGAACUCGACAAAAGCUGAAAAAUUUAAUUUCUUUCAACAGAAACCUCAUCUAUCACACUCGGGCCUACUACCGUCUACCCAAGAUGGCGAUGAGGGUACCGACGAUGAAAGUGCCUCGCAAAGCAUACCUGAACCAGGGGAUGCCCUUACAAAAAGCCACCUAACUCAAGCAUUGGAAGCCCUGUCCCAAAAGCUGAUUGGGUCCUGGCAGCAUUCCAUGGACUCCCUUCGUAAAGAUAUCCAAGAAAUAGGCAAGAGAACGUCGCACAUGGAAACGAAAAUGGACGAAAUGGCGGCUGCCCACAACAAUCUCGCAACACACGUGGAGCGAUUGGAAGACAAACUACUACUCACAGAAACGAAACUGGCGGACAUGGAGGACAGGUCUCGGCGAAACAACCUGCGGCUGCGGGGGGUACCUGAGACAGUGCUCCCAGCGGAUCUGCAAGCAUAUGUGCGAGGCCUGCUUAGUGCUUACGCGCCCGAGAUCCAGUCCGAUAUGCUGUUGCUCGACAGGGUUCAUUGAGUGCCGCGACCACGCCACCUGUCAGACUCCUCACCCAGAGAUGUUCUAUUACGUGCCCAUUACUACCACAUUAAAGAGCACGUCCUCCGAGCCAGCAGGAGCAAACCCAAGCCUCCAGACUAUUACGCCACGGUACAAAUCUUCCCAGAUAUCUCAGCGAUCACCCUGCGAAGAAGGAAAGAUUUCGCCCCCAUUACUGCGGCACUUCGCACCAACGGAGUACAGGUGGGGAUAUCCCACGAAGCUCUUGGUGUCCAGAGAAGGCUCUCUCAAGGCUAUCCUGACCCCCGAAGAUGGCGCCAACCAGCUAAAGUUGUGGGGCAUCAACCCACAACUAGAGCCUGCGCAAGCUCCAUCACUGGGCAGAUUACGCCUAGACUGGCAGAAAGCGCCGGACAGGCAUUAAACCACGCUGACAACUGCAUGAGGGACACGCAAGUAUUGUGCACCACACAUUUAUUUCCCACAGGCAUACUGACACUGGAAGGGCCCAGCAGAACUCUCACUCUUGUACAUUUUGGCAUCUCCGGAGAGUUCAACCACUCACCCACGAGGGGAUACUUCCUUGACUGAACACUGACCAUAUGCACAUGCCAGGAGAUGGAUUCCCCCUGAGAUGGCAUACUAGUAACUGUGAACUCUCACGUUGCCACAUUAACAAUACCGUAGUCUGUGUUCCUUUAUACUGACAUUAAACGUUUGCUUUACUUUUGAUUUAAUAGCAAAAGAAUAAAAAUGCACCUGCAGUAUGUGGAGAUGUCAUGCCCAUUUGAAGAUAUAUAAUUGAAUCCUCUUCCCAGGAGUUUCCUUGCAUCCACGCAUCAGCAUAAUUUGCAAAACAGAAAAUGUAGAGUAAACUGUCCAGGUCAGAUGCAAGUGUUGAUAAAGGCAAUGUAUAAAACCAUUGAAAUAACUGACAUAUUCUACAGGUCAGGGGCAUCAACUUGUAGCUCUCCUGUGGUUAAAAUGAAAACACAUGUUUUUAGCCAGCUGCAGACACUUCUUUUAGAAUGAUAUGGUAGCAUUGUGAGGUUUGCUGUUCCUAAACAGCUUUCUGCCUAUUAAGAUCUUGAUUUAAUUUUCACACUGUAUUUGGCUAUUGAUACAGCUAUUAGAUUUCGAACUUGUGCCGCUAAUAUAUUUCUUUAGGCAUAGCAUUCACCUCUGACAUUUUCUCUGACCCUGUCAGAAGUACACCCAGAGGUUGAGAAAAUGUAAUGCACGGUAUCAUUUUGGCAUGUGAUCAUGUUGUGUUUUUCAGUGCUGUAACAAAUAUGCUAUGUUAUUUUUACUUAUUGGUCUACAGUCACUGCAUAUAAGCAUUAUAUACUUUCAUAUAAAUCACUAUAUAUAAUGUAUUUAUUUUAUAAGAUAUAUCAAUACUUUUUAUUUGUCAUGGUGCAAUGUGAUCCAAGCUGGCAUUUGGCAAUCUUAUUGGUAUUGAGGUACUGACCUCUGACUCUGUUAUCUUCCUGUCACCACCUGUACCAAAACUUUAAAGGAACACUUCAGUCCAGUCCCCAUAAUAACGUCCUCUCAAUACAUACAUAUAUCUCUAAAGUAUUUGCUGCGAUUGGUGUCCAGUGAUAGGCUGAGAGCGUCAUACAACGGCGACAUUUUCCUUACUAGUGCAGUGGCCGUAGAAGGGGUACUGCAAAGGGGCAGAGCAGACAGGCACCAGGACAACAAAUCCUUAAUAGAGAUGUAGUUGUUAAUGGGGGCUGGAGUGUUUAAGUAUUAAGGAAAAUUGUUAAUUUGGGAAGAUAUAUGUAUUCAUAGUUCUGUAUAUUCACAUUUUGAUUUAAACUCUUGGUAAGUCGUGAAGCUGCCAGAAAAUUGUAACUAAAGUUGAAUAGCAUUUUUAGUAAAUUAAAAGAAACCAAGUAGGGUAAGACUAUGCAAAGAGCAGUUGAUGCAAAUAAUAUUUGAAACAAGUCAGUAUAUCUAUAAGCUCCAUAGAUCAUACUAAUAAUGCAUAUUUAUUUAGUUUUAAGGUACACAGCAAUACUUAACUCCACAUUUAGUGAUCAAGCAGUGGAGAUUUUGCAAACUUUGCAACUCGAGAAACUUGAUCUAUUGAACAAAGUGGUCAAAAAUGUUACAAGCUUUUGACAUUUGACCUGUGUAUGCUUUGAAAAUUACUCAACAUAGUUAAAGCUGUUUUCUUUUUUCCACAAAAUAGUUAACAUUGGUAGAUAAAACUUUAAGUACCUUAUCUGUCUGUAUUGUUUGUAGUUUAUUGUACUGAAGAUUCUGACUAUAUUAUAAAGCGUAAUUGCGUUCUUCACUAAGUGCCUUUCAUUCUUGUUUGCUUUCCAUCUCUCCCAGCCCCCGCUCUCCAUACCUUCCUUGUUUGCCUUUAGCCUUCAGUCAUGCUUUUCUCUGUAUUUCUCUGAGACAAAGUUCUGUAUUUUAUUUAUCUUGCAUCGUAUAUGUUUGAGCCUCUGGACCUCAGAGCACUUAAGAAGGGUACAAUACUGGCCAUGCCUGAUCUGUAUUAGAACUGGGAGAAUAACCUAUUUUAACACAGAUCUUUACCCCCUCUCCCCCCCCUCCCCAGUGUGUCUAAAUGUAUCCCUGAGUUCUUACAAAGAAGGUCCUUGGCUGCAUUUGUUCUGGUUUGUCUCUUCACUUAUUUGCAUGUCAACCUUGCAUGGUUAAUUUGUUUUGCUUAAUAAACAAUUGAUAAUAGUUGCGUCACAAGCCUUGAAUCUCAGCUGACCCUUUAUUAAUAUAGCCACACAUCAGCAAGUUGUCAUAGAAUAGUAUAAUCAUAUAGUACCAUGUUGUGCAAGCCACAUUUUUAGGAAAUACACAACACUUUGUUUGUAGAUACAUACUUAGUGGUUUAAUUUACGAUGUAUGUAAAUAAAAAAAUAAAAAAUUAUCUUGAAAAUAUGUCUGCCUGGAACAGAUGCUUAUGCAUUCGUCCGUAUAUUCUGGUAGAGUCAUUCCACAAUAAAUGAGUGUAUGCCUGUUUGGAGGCGGAAGUAGCAGUUUAUACCAAAAUGCCAACAACAUAGCUGUAAAGGUCACAAUAGAAUUUCUUUACUACUACACAUGCAGUGUUGUAAUUUUAAAAGUAAUCAAAUCAUGCUAUCCAUGAUAGCUACACUUUGAAGGGACACUCUAACACCAUACAUUAGAGCAGGGGUUCCCAAUUAAUUUUUCCGCUGGAACCCUUUGACAUAGUGUAUCAACAUCGUGGAACCCCUCUCACUUCGCCCCGUUACAAAAACCUGCGCCUUUUUAAAAAUUAUUUAUUUAUUUUUUAACAUGACGGUGUGUCAAGGUUUGUGUAUCUGUGUUUGUAUGUACCAUUGUGUGUAUGUGUCUGUCACUGUGUAAUGUGUGUGUGUGUGUGUAUCUGACACACAGAUUCACACUGGCACAUUGUGGCACACACUGACACACAGUGUAUAUCUGUGUGUAUGUGUGUUUCUAUGUGCCGAUGUGUGUGUGAAUCUGACACACAAGUACACACAGUGUGUGUGUAUCUGUGUUUGUAUGUGCCAGUGUGUGUAUCUGUGUGUCAGUGUGUAUGAAUCUGACACACAGGCACAUAGUAGCACACCUUGGCACACAGUGUGUAUUUGUGUGUGUGUGUGUGUAUGUAUCUGUAUGUCAAGGUGUGUGUGUGUGUGUGUAAGUAUCUGACACAUAGAGGUUCCUCCUCUCAAAACAGUUAUAGUAACCAUUCAAAGGAGCACCUGAGUGCCUAGUUAUUAUUAUUAUUAUUAUUAUUAUUAUUAUUAUUAUUAUUAUUAUUCAACAACAAUUCUCUCCUUUUCCUUUUUUCUCCUUUUUUACAAGUACUCUACUCCUUCUUCUCCUAUUCUACAAGUACUCUGCUCCUUCUUUCUCCUAUUCUACAAGUACUCUGCUCACAGACAAACACACACACACACACACACACACACACACUCACAGACAAACACUCACACAUACACUUACAGACACAUACAGACAAACAUACACAUACUCACACAUGCACUUACUAACACACUUACAGACAGACACAUACACCUUACAGACAUACACACAAAUUAUUAAUAUUAAAUGUCCACCCAGCCUCCCUACCUGGAGAGCUGGUGUGGAUCUGUCCCUGGGGUCCAGUGGGGCUUCACUUCGGCGGGCGGCUGUGUGCUAAUCAGACGCGGCGAGGGAGCUCUAAUCUCUCUGCUCUGCUCCCUCGCGGGCUGUCUACUGAUGCCGGGAGCCGGAAUAUGACGUCAUAUUCCGGCUCCUGGAGCAGAGCAGAGCGGUUAGAGCUCCCUCGCCGUGUCUGAUUAGAACUCUGCCAUGCCGGGGGGUCCAGAAGGUGGCCUGGCAGGAGGAAGCACUUCCUCCUGCCGGUUACGGAAAACUUGUGCCCUUAGAGCCGCUCGGGCCCACCCAAAAGGAGAAAUCCUCUUAAAAAGAGGAUUUAGCUUUCGAAAUCCCUACCGCCCACCUGGAAUCCUGAAACGCCCACUAGUGGGCCGUAGGGACCAGGUUGACGACCCAUGCACUAUACAAACACACACUGCAUUCAUUAUAUACACACCCUAUACAAACACACACACACUAUACAAACACACUGCAUUCAUUAUAUAUACACACUAUACAUACACACUAUGCAAACACACACACACUGCAUUCAUUAUAUCCACACACUAUACACACACACUGCAUUCAUUAUAUCCACACACUAUACAAACACACACUGCAUUCAUUAUAUACACACCCUAUACAAACACACACACACUAUACAAACACACUGCAUUCAUUAUAUAUACACACUAUACAUACACACUAUGCAAACACACACACACUGCAUUCAUUAUAUCCACACACUAUACACACACACUGCAUUCAUUAUAUCCACACACUAUACAAACACACACACUGCAUUCAUUAUAUCCACACACUAUACAAACAGACACACUGCAUUCAUUAUAUCCACACACUAUACAAACACACACACUGCAUUCAUUAUAUCCACACACUAUACAAACACACACACUGCAUUCAUUAUAUCCACACACUAUACAAACACACACACUGCAUUCAUUAUAUCCACACACUAUACAAACACACACACUGCAUUCAUUAUAUACACACAACAUACAAACACACACACACUGCAUUCAUUAUAUCCACACACUAUACAAACACACACACACUGCAUUCAUUAUAUACACACACUAUACAAACACACACACUGCAUUCAUUAUAUCCACACACUAUACAAACACACACACACUGCAUUCAUUAUAUACACACACUAUACAAACGCACACACACUGCAUUCAUUAUAUUCACACACUAUACAAACGCACACACACUGCAUUCAUUAUAUACACACACUAUACAAACACGCACACACACUGUAUUCAUUAUAUACACACACUAUACAAACACACACUGCAUUCAUUAUAUACACACACUAUACAAACGCACACACAUACACUGCAUUCAUUAUAUACACAAACUAUACAAACACACACACACUACACAAACACACACACUCUGCAUUAAUUAUAUACACACACUAUACAAACACACUGUAUUCACUUUACACACACUGCAUUUACUAUACAUACACUACAUUCACUAUACACACACUACAAAAACACACACUCUGCAUUCACUAUUUAUAAACACUACACAAACGCACACUCUGCAUUCACUAUAUAUAUAUAUAUAUAUAUAUAUAUAUAUGUAUGUAUGUAUGUAUAUAUAUAUAUAUAUAUAUAUAUAUAUAUAUACACACACACUACACAGACACUGCAUUCACUAUACACACUACACACUCACUGCAUUCACUAUACACACUACACAAACACACACUGCAUCCACUACACACACACAGAGCUCCCCUGUCUAAACACACUGCAUCCACUACAUGUGGCAUGUAUAUUUUGUGCAUUUACCUUUAAAAAUAGUUUAUUUUUUAAAAAUUGUAAAUGGGCAGAAUAUCGACACGUUAUCGGCCUGAAAGUUCACAGAUUAUCGGUAUCGGCUUUAAAAAACCCAAUAUCGGUUGAUCCCUACUUGCAGCCUCCAUGGUGCUUACUCAGUCAAAAGUUAUGAGGCAGAAAAAGCACACAAAAACAUAAGGUGAUACCGUUGCUGAUGUUUAUUUAGCAUUAUGCUUGCCAUUGAAUUGAAUGACCAAGAUACCCCAUAAAGAAUUUUGCAGAAUUUAACAAGUACAACCAAUCACUUGUCAGUUUAUUCUUCCCUCUUUGCCAGGAGUGACCUGGUGCCACACACACCUGCUAAAUAUAAGCUUCCAGCUCUCUAUCGGUAGAGGAGGAAGGAAGCACAGUGGCUGUUACAUUUCUCAUAUAAUUCAUGUGUCCAGGACACUGUACUAAGAUUAGUGAACAUGCAAGAGGUGUUAAACAUUUUACAGUAUAUACUUUCAUACGGUGCCCUCCACUAAUAUUGGCACCCUUGGGAAAUAUUAGUAAGGAAGGCUUUGAAAAUUGUCUUUAUAGUUUAACCUUUUGUUAAAAAAAAAUAAAAAAAAAUAUUCUGCUCUCGUGGAUAUCAAUUUUGUACACCUGGGUGACUAGGAACAGGAGAUUGUUCAACUAUGACUUCCUGUUUCGCAGGGGUAUAAAUAUAUAUGCUAACUUCCCCUCUUUAUUCAUCACAGUGGACCAAGACCAAGGAAUAUAGCUGUGAUGUGCGCCAAAAGGUUGUUGAGCUUCACAUAAUGGCAAGUGGUUAUAAGAAAAUAGCAAAAGCCUUGCAAAUGUCAGUUUCCACCAGCAGGGCAAUAAUUAACUGACCAGGGCAAUAAUCAACUGACCAGAAAAUUUUCAAGGAUCAUAGUUGGUGUAUUGCAGAAGUUAGUUGUGCCUUGGGGUUAGAAAGUCUCCAAAACUACAAUUCGACAUCAGCUACAACACCACAAGUUAUUUGGAAGAGUUUAAAGAAAAAGCCUCUACUCUCACCCAAAAUAACCUGAAGCAUCUACAAUUUGCCAUACAUUACUGUAACUAGAAAUGGGGUCACUUUCUAUGGUUAGAUGAAACCAAAAUAGAACUUUUUGGAAUACACAACAGAAGUAGGUGUGGCACACAUAGAGAAGUAGCCAUACUGAAAAGUACAUUAUGCCCACGGUUAAAUAUGGUCGUGGCUAUUUGAUGUUUUUGAGCUGUUUUCCUACCAGAGGACCUUGUUAGGUUAUAUAACAUCCUGAACAAAGGGUUACUACAAACACCAUGACCACUUCAUUAAUUUUUGCUUGAAACACUGCACAUACAGAUUUCUUUCUAAUUGAAUGCUGGGGCUAUUUGCACCCUAAAAAAUACCUCCCUCCCUGGAGCCCAUCUACUCUGAACCGGUGAAAUGGUCCAGUGAUUGGACUGUGCACAGUCCCAGUGACGUCCGAGAGGGCGCUGAAGUGCAGCGUCUGAGCUUUGUCUGGUGCUGGAUUCAAGGUAAGUAAAACCUCUUCUUCAUCUUUUACUGCAAAUUGAGAGGAGGACCUUCCUUAUAGUACCCAGUAUGACAUGUAAUAGCGGAAAGGUUCCUCCUCUCAAAACAGUUAUAGUAACCCGUUAAAGGAGCACCUGAGUGCCUAGGCCAGAAAGCUUAAAAUGGGCCAUGGUUGGCUCUUCCAGAAGGACAAUGACCCAGAACAUACAUCAAAAGGAACAAAAAAAUGGUUUACUAACCACAAAACUGAAGGUCCUGCUAUGGUCAUCUUUGUCCCCUGACUUGAACCCCUUAGAAAACCUGUGGGAUGAGUCCACCAGCUUCUACUUUGUAAUUUGAAGGAUCUGGAGAGAUUCUGUAUAGGGGAAUGGUCUGAGAUCCCUUGCCAUGUACUCUCCAACUUCAUCAGACAUUAUAGGAGAAGACUAAGAACUGUAGCAAAGUAAAUAUUGACUAAAAAGUGCCAAUAAUUGUCACACACAUUUAACACAAUAUAAAUAAAUAUAUAUAUUUUUUUUUUUUUUUUUUUUUUUGAUGAGGAGUCUUAAACCUCUGUUAUGCUUGCAAUUGUUUGAUAUCCUUGAGUGUAGUAUUUUAUUUUAACAAAGGAUAAUAAUUUUAAACAGUUUUUAAAAAGACAAUGUUUAACCUUUUGGGGGGGAGGGGGGGCUUUUAUUUGGCAUAGGUGCCAACAUUAGUGUACAUAGUUACAUAGCUGAAAAGAGACUUGCGUCCAUCAAGUUCAGCCUUCCUCACAAAUGUUGUUGCUGUUGAUCCAAAAGAAGGCAAAAAACCUGGUCUGAAGCGGUUCCAAUUUUGCCACAAACUAGGAAAAAAUUCCUUCUUGACCCCAAAAUAGCAGUCAGAUGUUUCCUUGGAUCAAGCAGCUAUUACCCCACUAAUUAGAAAUGAUAUCCCUGUAUGUUAUGUUUUUGUAAGUAUUUAUCCAUUUUCAGUUUAAACAUCUGUAUGGACUCUGACAAAACCACCCCUUCAGGCAGAGAAUUCCAUAUUGUUCUUACUGUAAAAAAAACUUUUCUUUGCCUUAGAUGAAAUCUCCUUUCUUCCAGCCUAAAUGUGUGACCUCGUGUCCUAUGUAUAGCCCUGUUUAUGAAUAGAUUUCCAGAUAAUGGUUUGUACUGGCCCCUAAUAUAUUUGUAUAAAGUUAUCAUAUCCCCUCUCAGGCGCCGUUUUUCCAAACUAAACAGAUUUAAUUUUUUUAACCUUUCAUCAUAACUAAAAUGCUCCAUUCCUUUUAUCAAUUUUGUAGCUCGUCUCUGGACUCUUUCCAGUGCCAUGAUAUCCUUCUUUAGAACAGGUGCCCAAAAUUGCACAGCAUAUUCAAGGUGUGGUCUUACCAGCGAUUUAUAAAGAGGCAAAAUUAUAUUUAUGCCCCUAUUUAUACAUGACAAAAUCUUACUGGUCUUAGCAACUGCAGAUUGACAUUGCAUAUUGCUGCCUAAUUUGUUGUCUAUAACAAUUCCCAAAUCCUUCUCGUGUGUGGUUAUCCCUAAUUCACUACCAUUUAGUGUGUAAGUUGCUUGUGCAUUCUUAACCCCGAAGUGCAUAACUUUGCAUUUCUCUAUGUUAUUGGGCACUGUAGAGCACUGUAGAACUGAAAUACCAAUGAAGAACCAUCCUUGUAGGUUCAUUAUCUAGAAUAUGGAUCACUUUCACACAGUGUGCACAGUGAUCUGGCAGUAUUUCAACCCUUUCGUAACAGAUGAUAUACCAGCAACAGCAAACACUCUGUCAUGAAGUAUGCAACACCUACAAUACAGUAAAGUGCUUUAAUUUUUGGGAGUGGUGACUGAAAUAGAACAAGUUCCUUGUUGCACACUGCUCAAUUCCUGGACUAUGCACCCUGCCCCUCACUGCUGGUAACUAUUACUAACUAAACAGGACUGCCUGGAUCAUCUACACUGAGAUCAUUUAACAAUGAUGCAGAUUUGCUCUCUGAGUUUUGCAUCUAGAAAGAAUGCAGCCUGUUCUGCUAUUGCAGCAUAUACUGAGCUGUCUGCUAAGGAGAGGGGUGUUGUCCAGCCUGGCCAAUCAGCUAUCACCUUCAGAAACAAUGCUGACUCAUGCUCAAUACACUGUAUCAAGUAAAGUGGGUAGCUGUGCACUUUGUGACACUGGUUAUUCCACUGUUGCAUAUUAAGAGUAUUUAGAAAUGAAUGAAUCACACAGUUGUGUGAUAGUGCACUUUAAUCUGAGCAAAACAUGAGGUUAGGGUUCUAAAUUAUUAGUAAACAUUUUCAACAAACAUUCCCUUAACUGCAUAGAAUCCUGUGUAUAUGUUUCAUAAGUGGUUUGCCUUUCUUCAGGUAAACCACAGUUUAUGACAGAUUGUUUUGGGACAUGUAGCACACAGCAGGUACAUGGCUGAACUAUGGGCCAGCGUUAAAGGGACACUGCACUAAAAAUAAAGCUGUUUAGUAGAUAUACCCCAAUGAAAACAUGCAUACAUAUAAUUCUGUAUAUUGUUUAUUAGGGUAUAUCUGUGAGCCUGCAAAACCUGCUGUUCUCUUGUCUGUAGCCUUUGUAAGCUCCCCCCCCCUUUCAUCCCCAGUCCAGACUUUAUGUGACUGUCCAAUACAGCUCAAUUAGACAUCUUUGCAAGACAGGUGCACAGAGCAAUUGCUGCCUCUUGAGUUAACCAAGCCUGGAAGUAACAGAAACUGUUGUCUGAUUGAAAGCCAGGGGGUGUAACCAGGUUAAUUUAUAAAAGUGCCAAUUUCUAUUGAAAUAUGCACUUUGUACAAAAUGAUUGUGGGGGGAGGACACACAUAAAGCACUUUAGAAAAACAAAUUGUUUUAGGUGUUUGGAGUGUUACUGUACAUUUUUCCUGCUUCAAUAGAAAUAUUUGGAUUAGGUAUAGCAGGGCUUGAAAAACAACAAUGUUCAGCUUGAAGCCUAAGGAAAAACGUGGUUUGUUUGUAUGGUUAGACUUGCUCUACAAGGAGUAACUGUGUUAGAAAAUGCCAAACCACAGUAGCUGUAACAAUAAAGUAAAUAGUAGGAUUCUCCUUGUAAUUACCUACAAUUCUGGUCUUUCACCCAGAGGCCUCACAUUUGUCAGCUCAUCCCGAUUCUUUGAUAAGCAGGCUAUUCACCCCAAGUUACUCAAAAUAUACCCUUUCUCCCUUUCUUCUGGCAAUCUACUCUGUGAAGCAGCCCAUUUACUCUUAAGAACCUUGAAAAAACACUGUGCGUUUCUAUCUGCCUUAAUAUUCACAUUCAUAUUUACCUUAGUUUGCCCAUUCACCUUUACAUUUUACUAGUUUACCCUGAUAAUUUGCCCAUUCACAGCCUUGGGAUUUGCCUAGUCACUUUAAAAAUUCCACCUGUUAACUCUAAUAAUUGCAAAUUCCCCACAAGAGUUUUCCAGUUAACAGCAGAACUCUGAAAAUACACGCAUUUCUCAUAAGACCCUUAAAUUCCAACCAUGAACUGCAGUGAUAUGCAUUUAUUAAACCCAGUCUACAGAAUAUAUGAGUGAUCUAGAAUACUCUUUAUCUGUUUCCCCACAGGUGGGAUCGCUGGAGGUAUAGAAAUCUGCAUCACAUUCCCCACUGAAUAUGUUAAGACACAGCUACAGCUUGAUGAGAAGGCAAAUCCACCAAGGUACCGGGGCAUAGGUAAGUCAUUUCAUGGAUGAUGGAAGCAGUGGGUUAUGGGGGGAGCACACAGUUUAAGUUGCAUUAUUAUAUGUAGAGGAUUGUAUCAAAAAACAUUUUUAACAGUGAAAUUUAUUUGUAUGUGAUGCUCUUUCAAACUGCUCUGCAUAUUUUCUCUCUUUCUUCCUUUGUUAAAGCUGACUGUGUGAAGCAAACUGUUGACGGACAUGGUGUCAAAGGGCUGUACCGGGGGCUCAGUUCACUGCUGUAUGGUUCCAUUCCUAAGGCAGCAGUCAGGUAACUUGAUGAAUAGGUGGUGGAAUUCUCUGCUGGUUUGUGGUUGUUAAGGAUCGGUUAGCUCCAUAUAAUGACAAUUUUUAUUUUAUUAAUGCACUUCUGUCCUUGCAUUUGCAUGUUUUCACUGUGUGUUUCAAACUUUGUCCAACAACAGCUUCUAUUGUCACCUCAAAUCUCCACACUCUCCCUGUGCCCCCCUCACCACCAUCUCUCUCCCUCCAGGUUUGGGAUGUUUGAGUUUCUCAGUAAUCACAUGCGGGAUGCUGAUGGGAAGCUGGACAAUAAACGUAGUUUGCUGUGCGGUCUUGGUGCUGGUGUGGCCGAGGCUGUUGUUGUGGUCUGUCCCAUGGAGACGGUUAAGGUGGGAGCCCCUGUUGUGCCCUCUCCAUGUGUUUGCCAUUCCACAGGCUGAUUUGUGACCAUCACUAGUUAAUGAAAUCGAAACCUGUUUAUAUUAUAAACAAGCAUUACAAAAAAUCCUUUGUGCUAAACAUUUAAGGUUAAGUGCCAAAUUUAAAAGUGUUUGUGAACAUAUUUACUACAAGAGAACAAUCUAAUUUACAGAAAUUGAUAUAACCAUACACAUAAACUACAGAGCAGUGCAUCUGUGCAUAGAACAAUAUAACCCACAGAGCAGUGUAUCCACACAUACAUCAAUAUAAUUUAUAGAGCAGUGUAUCCAUAUAUACACAUCAAUAUAAUUUAUAGAGCAGUUUGUCCAUAUUUACACAUCAAUAUAAUUUAUAGAGCAGUGUAUAAUACAUAAAUCAGUAUAAUUUAUAGAGCAGUGUAUCCAUAUAUACACAUCAAUAUAAUUUAUAGAGCAGUGUAUAAUACAUACAUCAAUAUAAUUUAUAGAGCAGUGUAUAAUACACACAGCAAUAUAAUUUAUAGAGCAGUGUAUAAUACACACAGCAAUAUAAUUUAUAGAGCAGUGUAUUAUACAUACAUCAAUAUAAUUUAUAGAGCAGUGUAUAAUACACACAGCAAUAUAAUUUAUAGAGCAGUGUAUAAUACACACAGCAAUAUAAUUUAUAGAGCAGUGUAUUAUACAUACAGCAAUAUAAUUUAUAGGGUAGUGUAUUACACAUACAGCAAUAUAAUUUAUAGAGCAGUGUAUAAUACAUCAAUAUAAUUUAUAGAGUAGUAUAUCCAUACCUACAUCAAUAUAAUUUAUAGAGCAGUGUAUAUACACAUACAUCAAUAUAAUUUAUAGAGCAGUGUAUAAUACACACAGCAAUAUAAUUUAUAGAGCAGUGUAUUAUACAUACAGCAAUAUAAUUUAUAGGGUAGUGUAUUACACAUACAGCAAUAUAAUUUAUAGAGCAGUGUAUAAUACAUCAAUAUAAUUUAUAGAGUAGUAUAUCCAUACCUACAUCAAUAUAAUUUAUAGAGCAGUGUAUAAUACAUACAUCAAUAUAACCCACAGCAGUAUAUCAUACAUACAUCAAUAUAAUUUAUAGAGCAGUGUAUAAUACACACAGCAAUAUAAUUUAUAGAGCAGUGUAUUAUACAUACAGCAAUAUAAUUUAUAGAGUAGUGUAUUAUACAUACAGCAAUAUAAUUUAUAGAGUAGUGUAUUAUACAUACAGCAAUAUAAUUUAUAGAGUAGUAUAUCCAUACAUGCAUCAAUAUAACCUAUACAACAAUAUGUCUAUAUGUAGAGAAACAUAACCCACAAAGCAGAGUAUCCAUGCAUAUAGAAACCGUUCACAGAGCACUUUGCGCACGUAGAGAGCAAUAUACUGCUUUGAGCAGUGUAUACACACAUAACACGGUAUAUCCUAACUAGCUAUAAGACAUGGUGAUUUAUGGAAUAGUGAGAUAACAUGAAUUCGCAAUAACAUAUAUAGAACAAUAGCAAGGCUUGAUUUGUGGUGUUAUAUUGCUCCUCCAGAGGUGGAGUUUACUGGCUCUGCCAAUAUUUUGGCAGUAAAAUGUUAUUUGUAACCCAGCCUAUUUGUGUAGAUCUUAAAGAUGGUUAGCAGCUCAAUGUAAAAAUUUACUGCAGCUUCCUGAGCAAUCCCAGCAAAUGUGCACUCUCUGGAAUCUCUUACGUCCUUUAUAUAUAAAUGGAGGGUAGGGUGUAUUUUAUAAACACUAAAACACAUAUUCAUUGAUGGUAAUAUUCUUGGUUGAGAGCGAUAUUGUAGUUUACAUUCACAGUCAGAUGGCAUGCGGUUUUCUUUCUGCUUUGCAUAUCCUUCUGUCUAUUAAAGUAGCAUCCAACUCACAAAAUGCAAUGGAAAAAUGCUCCCUCCGUCCUGCUCAACACUAACAAUCUAAUUCAAUGGUUUGGCGAAUGUCCGAAGAAAAUCAGUGGCAAUACAUCUCCUAAGAAAAAUGUUUCUUAUGUUUUUAAGUUAUUCUGUACAGUAUUUCCUUUAAUGUAGAAGCAUUAGCAGACAAAAAAUACUUUAGCACCAUCUAGAGCUCACCUUUAAGAACUGCACCUUUUUACAUCAACCCUAAUAUAGUAUGCUGCUUACUCAUACUAUACGAUUUUAAAUCGUGUAUUCUACAAUACUAAGAUGAUGAUUUAUGUGUAUGUAUACUACAAUAACAAUUCUGUAAAUUACCACAACCUAGUGUUAAAUAAUUGGUGGUUAACUUUGUUACUAGGUGAUGUAAUGUUAAAUUUGUACAUGUUAUUUCUGUGUAACGGGUGAUGCUGAAUGCUAACAUAACUAUAUGAUUUAUUUUUCCUCAUUCUAGGUGAAGUUUAUACAUGAUCAGUGCUCACCUAACCCUAAAUACCAAGGUUUUUUCCAUGGAGUACGGGAAAUUAUUAGACAGCAAGGUACUCUUUUCUUAUUCCCUUUUGUCGCCCCCCCCCACCUUCACUUAGAUAACUUUAUGUAUCCAAAACCUACGUGUCAAAUUCCCAAAAGUCUAGUAAUAAAGAUGUCUCCAUUUGCUGCGCUUACUGCAAAUUGGAGGAUGAUGCAAAUAGUAUGUUGAGUGUACAUUUUAGAACAUCACUUGUCCCAGUACUUAUUUAUAUACAAUUUCAGUACCUGUAAAUUGUGGGACUUUAUUCAGUCACCAUGAAUGGCCGAUCAGUGUUUCGAUUUUCAGAAAUUGCCCAGGUGUUCUUUCAAAAUGCUUUGUUUGGCAUAAUGUUUAUUUUUGUCUGAAUUUCCAAAUGUUAGUGAUGGAGAAUAUGGUUUACUAAAAUAAUUGAGGUUUAGAACCAUUUGGUAGCUGCUAGUAACAUAUUGAUUCAGAAUGUCUCCUUUAUAUAUACCACACAACCUGCACACUUUCUUAUUUCCCUCAUGGUAUAUUUGUGGAACAUAUUAUGUUUUUGUGUAUUAAUUAGGUAUAAAGGGAACUUAUCAAGGUCUUACAGCCACUGUCCUUAAACAAGGUUCCAACCAGGCUAUACGCUUCUUUGUCAUGACAUCAAUGAGGAACUGGUAUAGAGGUAAAUCUCGCUGAUAGGAGGCCCUCUGCUUACAUUGUCUCAAGUAUGUCUGCUGGCUAAUCUUCUAUUGGGCAUUUUUAUUCUAUUCUCUCAGCUCAUAUGUAGUUUACCUCUGUGUCUAAACUUGUCGACAAGCUCCAUUAAUUCUCUUAUUCUACUUUAAUCUUCAGUGUUGUUUCAUUCUGUCGGUCCUGUUCUGUCUCCCUUCCCAAACCAAUGUUUUGAUCUAUUUUUUUUUUUCACUUGAGAUCAAUGUUACGCUUUUAUUCUCUCUGAAUAACCAUAUAUUUCAAACCAAUUUUCUCUUAAUUCAUUUUGUAUUGUGUAUUUUUUUUCUUCAGGUGACAACCCCAACAAACCUAUGAACCCAUUAGUGACUGGGGCUUUUGGAGCUAUUGCUGGUGCAGCCAGUGUGUUUGGCAAUACACCAUUGGAUGUAGUGAAGACCAGAAUGCAGGUGGGAAUUGACUCUCAACAGUGAAAACAUUUUUAUUUUGCAAAGAAUGAUAGGAGGUUAUAUAGAGAGAGCACAUUUGGGGCAAAGUUAUAAUGGUGGAUCAGGAGGAACAUUAUACUAGUUUCCAUGGUUAUAGAGACUUGAUACUUUGCUGGAAAAUGGCUCUUUUUACAUAACUCCCAUACUGUUCCCCAUCCGCACCCCUUCCCUGAAAACGAGAUCAUAAUCUCCCAUUAUUAUCUCUUCUGCAGGGACUAGAGGCUCAUAAGUAUAAAAGCACCUUGGAUUGUGCUUACAAGAUACUCAAAUACGAGGGACCCAAAGCGUAAGUCUGUUUUGUCUUCUGUUACUUUACUUACUAUAAAAACUCUAUAACUGCCAUCUUUUCUGCCUCCUCCACUGGCCCUUCAUGUAACAAUGUGCCUACUGAUCACCUCUUCCUUAUUGCUUACUAUUCACCCCAUUGUAAUUAAACCAUGUGUAUCUAUUGCUGCUGUUUUCUUGGUCUUAAAUCUAGUUUCUCUCUAAAUUUGUCUUUCUGCAGGUUUUACAAGGGGACAGUGCCCCGUCUUGGACGUGUAUGUCUUGAUGUGGCCAUUGUCUUUAUUAUUUAUGAUGAGGUGGUGAAGAUUUUGAACAAGGUCUGGAAGACGGACUAAGACAUUCCUGUGGAAUUGUCCAUAACAGACACAGAAAAAGAGUGUCAUCUUUUUAUUGCCAAACAUUAUUCCAAGCUUUACUGAAUUAUCCUAUUAUGUACACAAUGUCCUUCAUUCUGUGGGAUAAUGUCUUCCCAAUUAUCUUUUUAACUCCUCCCCUUCUCUGCUUGAAACAACUGUGUCAUAGAUUUACAAAUGGUCUUGGCCACAAAAUUUAAUAUGAUACAUUUUUAGAAUUCUUUAGGGGAUUUUAGCCAGAUUAUUUUUAAUUCAAUACCUUAAAGUAUGUUAUUUUUACAAGUAUCCUAAGUUUUUUUUUUUCUUAAUUUUUUUUUUUUUUUUUUAACCAUGUGGAGGUUAAUUGCUGCAUGAUGCAGGAUUUAUUUUCUAUAUCUGAAAUUAAAUAUCUGUGCACAUUUGAGACUUAAACACAAAUGUGUUAAAAAGUGGUGGGAUGGUUUAUACCCCCUCCAGAAGGAGUCAAAUAGCCUCCAGCAGAUAAGAUGCCCUCAGUGGAAGUUAAGGAGUUAAAAAAGUUUAUGUUUAGAAGUUUAACUUUUUUAAGGAGUUAGUGAGUGUGAUUAAAAUUUAAGCCUUUUAAGGGAGGGAUGACGGCUCUUGUUUGUGACCCAGCCAACACCCUUUUGUUCUUGGAGGAGACACUUAAAGCAGGUUGAAGCUGUGGCACUCACACCGUGUGGAUCUUUGGUAUUUGGCCAUGACUUGUGUUUUGAACAUUGUUUUUCCUUUACUUGUGCCAAAUUCAUUUCUGGGGAGCUGCCUCGUUGUAACUACUCUAGUGCCAAAAUAUCAGCCAGAAGCCAAAAACAAAACAGAGCAACCUCCCCAUAUUUCAGGACAGACUGUAGCUGUGAGGAUCAAUUUAUGUAGAGAUGGAAUGUGCCUUAUUAAUGUGACAUGCAUCCCUUCACAUCCAGAGCAUCUAAAAUAAGAAGCCUCUUGCUGUGAAUUUGCUGCAUUAUUCAAUGUUGCUUUAGGUUUUUUACGUAGCCUCCUUUUUAUAAGAUAAUUAUUGCCAGCUUAUACUUUUACUUAAUAAGAAAAAAGUUAAACCUGAAACUCUUUGGUGAUAUAUACGAUCCCCUUUAUUCUUAGAAGUUCUGUAUAGAGAUCAUUUAAGCCAUUUUGAUGUAAAGCAGUAGGAUGCUAGGAUGCAUACAUAACCACAACAUGAGAGAAACUGAUCAUACCAUCAGGUUUUAUGUAUGAGUAACUACAGAAGGCCUAUGGCAGGUCAGCCCUAGUUAUCAGAUGACACUCACCUGGUUAGAUUUCAACAAGCAUAUUGUCAGACCAAAAAUAUGAGGUAGGAGAUGAUUGGCCUGCAUUACUUAGGAUAGUUAUAUUAUUUUUAUGAUCACUAUUUUAAGAUUUUAGCAGUUUUAAAUAAUUGAUUACUGAACUCUACAAACCUUAAUCUUAACAUGGUAGCCAGACAACAUUCCUUACCUUCCAUGAUGUUCAUACUGCUUGGUAAGACUGUGGUAGUAAUUUUGGAAAAUGUACAUGAAUAUCUGAUUAAAAGGCUCAUACAUUUGCAGAUUUAUAAAAUCUCACUGAGGUUUUUUUUAGCCACUCACCCCUUGUACUAAUGUUUAAAAAAUAAUUUUCUUUUUGACCUAUGUGUGGUGCAUGAAUUUAUACGAGAUCUAUUUUGUACAUAUAAUACUUUGCGUCUAUACAGUGUUUGUGUACAGUGUAGGCUGUAGGUAUGAACAUUAUAUACUGAGAAUGUGGUAAUUGUUGUAAUGCUUAUGCUACAACUCUCAUACUUUGAUAUGUUUGGUUCCAAUGACCCCUGGUGCAAAGCUGUCCAACUCUCAGGCCACUCAAGAGCAUUGCCUCUUCCUCCUCCCCCACUGCCUUAGGUGAUAUUUUUCCAUGUGGUUAAUUCAACCUCCUUUCGCAUUUAUAAAAAGAAAAAAUGAAUUGUGACAUUUGUUUGGAACACUGAAAUGAAGACAAUACCACAUUUUUUGUCUGUUUGUAAACUGAUGUUAGGGGAUACAAAAUUAAAAAUGUACAUUUAUAGGUGUUUGUUUCCUCUUAUUAAUUUGUCCUAGGACCUAGAUAGUGAUGACAAUCUAAUGUAACCAACAUUUGCAGGAUAUUCUCAUAUUCUAAGUAGAUUGCUAAAAUGCCAGCAGAGUAUAUUUUGUCUGUAUGUGCAAGAAUAGGCAAUCCCUAGUGCCUUCCUUUAUAUCCUAUAAAAAUAGAAAAUAUAAAAAGUGUAAAUCCAAAGUACAUGCAUCACAUAAUUUAAGUUGCUACUUAAUAGGGGAAACAAGAAAUCCAGAAUAAAUAUGCCUUUCAAUCAAACACAUAUUUCUAAGUCUGAUACUUGAAUGUUUAAUGUUUACUGUAAAGCUAUCACAGCUUCUGUAUACAUACAUAUAUAACACACAUAUAUGUUUUAAGAUAAUGCGGAAGAGUGAACUCCUGGAGACAAUAAAACAAGUUAGAAUGAGCAACGAAGCUUUCACUACUACCCUUGUUCUUACGCCUGUCUAUAAUUUUUAUAUAUUCCAAUAUUUUUAUUUUUUAUUUUUUUUAUAGCUGCAUAAUUGUGAUUAGAAAUGUUACUAACAAGUAAAAUGCAAAAGCUAAACAAUGUUUUGUAUCUGUGGUGCACAGACAGCAAGCUAACCUGUUUUAAAGAUUGUGAUAAGUAAAAUCACACUGUAAACUGUAACCAUUUAAAACCAACUUUUUAAAAACUAUGUAAGCAGCAAUUUUGGCAGACCUCAUGCUCGUUCACACACAUUUAGCUUAGGCCACUCACUCCUUAAUUCCCCAGAACCAACACCCACACACAAACACCAGGAAGGAGAGUUUACGUGGGACUUGAGUUAAAGGAACACUAUAGGGUCAGAUACACAAACAUGUAUUACUGACCCUAUAAUGUUAUAAAAAACUAGACCCCUAAAUAUAGUUAAAUCUUACCUUUAUUCCAGUCUACUGGUGAUGGCUCUGCCCCUGAUCUGCCUCAUUGACUGACAUCAUCAGAAGUGAUCUUAGCCAAUCACAAUGCUUUCUCAUAGGAAAGCAUUAGAUUGGCUGAGAUUGUCAAUUCUGAUUAUCUCAGCCAAGGAAGCGGGCUGUGGGCAGAGCCAAAUGCCACUCUUGCAAUUAGUGUCUCCUCAUAGAGAUGCAUUGAUUGAUUCACUAACCUUUCUAUGAGGAAAGGUUAGUGUCUUCAUGCAAAGGGUGGAGAAACUGAAUGUGUGCAGCACUGCCCCAGGAAUCUCCUCUAGCAGCCAUCUGAGUGGCUCCACUGGAGGUAUCCCUAGGCUGUAAUGUAAACACUGCAUUUAGUGUUUACAGCAAAAAGCCUGCAGGGACUGACUAUAUUCACCAGAACAAAUACAUUAAGCUGGUGACUAUAGUAUCCCUUUAAUUAUAAAAUCUGUUCUUUUCUUUUAAUAUUUGAGCUUUAUGCAGCUGUGCAGUCCCUGUUUGGGUAUCCUUGAAAUAUUUGGGAAGCAUGCUCCUCAAUAGUUCAGAAAUGCUUAGUUAGCUGAGGAAGCAAUAGUCAAGUUGGAGUUUAGGAUAAGCUAAUGCCAUUUUAAUUAAGCUCUACAUUUGUUGCCAUGGGUUUUCAGCAGAGGAAAUGUAUGAAAGUGUUGCUAAUCAGAAAGAACAUUCUGUUCAUUUUAACUGUGAUGGUUUUGUUUUUAUAAUAUUUGGGUUCUUGUUAAAGGACCACUAUAGUGCCAGGAAAACAAACUCGUUUUCCUGGCUCUAUAGGGUCUUUAGGUCCCCCCCACUCCUGCCCGGCUGAAGGGCAGGAAGGGGUUAAUCACUUACCUUUCUCCAGCGCUGGGCUCCCUCGGAGCUGGGGAAAUUUCCUCCCUCUUCCGACGUAAUCCGCCGAAUGACAUUCAAUCUGUCCAUAGGAAAGCAUUACUCAAUGCUUUCCUAUGGACAUCAGCGUCUUCUCACUGUGAUUUUCACAGUGAGAAGCGCGGAAGUUCCUCUAGCGGCUGUCAAUGAGACAGCCACUAGAGGCUGAAUUAACCCUAAAGUAAACAUAGCAGUUUCUCUGAAACUGCUAUGUGUACAUCUGCAGGGUUAACCCUAGAUGGACCUGGCACCCAGACCUCACUGAGCUAAAGUGGUCUGGGUGCCUAUAGUGGUCCUUUAAGCUAAAGCUGAUCUGUGAGGGUCUUUGCGUAUUUUGGAAAGACUUAUAGGCGAUAUCUCCACUCGCAGUGGAAAGUAGGUAUAUUUAAAGGACC